AUCGCUUUGGCGCCAGCCAAACAGAGCCGGGGGCGGGCCCAGCGGCCGGGGGGCGGGGGGCCGAGACCACCUCACGCCCACCGCUCCCCGCCCCGUCGCGUCGCCGGGAUAAAUGCAGGGUUCGUUCCUGGUGGCCGCCGCAGAGUUUGCUCCGCGCGCGCUCUGGGCCGUGCAGCUGGGCGCCUCUGCUGCGCGCUGACUCCCCCCCCCCUACACCCCCGACGCGUGUCCCCGGGCCGGGCCUGCGGUCGCCGAUCUUCUCCCCUGCGCCCACCCUGUCCCGAGCCGGAGCUGCUGGCCUCCCGGAGAACCAGCCGGCCGGAAAGAUGUGGGCGACUCCGGUGCUGCUCUGGAUCUUGGGCAGCGCGUCGCUCUGGGUCCCGGCACAGCCAGCCAGUGUUCCUGGGCUGGAAGAUAUUGUGACGCCAGGUGUAGACAUUGGCAAGGUGAACCCAGGCAAAGAAGACCACUUGACAACCGUGAGUGGCUCUGCAGUGCCACAGCCAUCUCCUCAUGUGACAGCUUGGGUGCCACCAAGUACAGAACAUACAACACAUACUGGUUUUGAGGAUGUGUUAACCCCGGGAAGCUCAACCCAUCGUCACCAGAAAAGCCAGGCGACCACAGCUUCACCUAUGGUGACCAGUACCACAUCAGGGAAUAUAACUCAGUCAACACAGAUAGCCGUUGGCAAAGAUAGUUUGUCAGCGGGGACCCUGGCUGGAAUUGUCUUUGGGAUCUUAUUUGCCUUCGCCUUUCUCGGUUGCAUCCUGUUUCUAUUUGUACGGAAAAUAUCCAAAUGAUUCUUGUCCUAGGGGUUGGAGGAUCGAGUCCUCUGCCAACGUGUUUGGCAGAAGAGUGUGUGGCUUCCCCUGCUCCCUGUCCCCCAGCUCGUGGGAGAAGAUGACCCGUGGACCACUCACACAAGCCCCUCAGAAUCCAUGGGGAUUCUCCCUCCUGCCAAAAGCAGCCGAAGGAAAGAUAAUUCACACGACUCGACUCCUCCAAGCAUCUGCCUUUUCAAGACAUUUUUAACUGUACAUUUGAGAGACUAUCUUUUAAACACAAAGCACAUGGAAAAGGAGACGGAAGUAUAAACUGAUUUGUCCCCAAGACAAUAGCAUUCAAUCGAUGUUAGUGACUGCUCAUGUCUUACUCAUGUCUUCGUUCUGUUUUUGUUCAAAUGCAGUGGAAUCUGGAAAUGUUUAUAUCCGUGGAGACUGUGGUCCUGAGCUCUGCCAGACUUUGUAAUUCCCGAUCUUUUGAAAUGUACACAUCCCACUCUAGUUUGGUCUGCUUUUUACAACCUGAUUGGGUAUGAACAAGCUUGGAUAAUUACGAUAAGCAGCUGCUUUUAGGGGGAAUCCAGAUAGGUUUAAUACAUUUUAGUUCACAAACAGGAAGUCUGUACUUUGAGGAAGAUAUUUUGUUUCUGGCAAAAAGGUUACCAAGCAACGUCUAGGCCAGUGAUAACUGCAUGACUCAAAAGAUGUGUUUGCUGGGUAUGGUGGCGUACACCUGUAAUCCCGGGACUCAAGAGGCUGAGGCAGGAUGAUCCUGUGAGUUUGAGGCCAGCCUGAACUGCAUAGCAAGACCCUAUCUCAAAAAGACAAAAAAAAAAGUGUUCCUACCUGCCCUCUCUGCUUCCUUCAACUAUUAGUGAAAGCAAAGGGGCAGUGUUUUUGCUCCCCUGGGACACAAAUGUUGACUCUUUGUCCUGGCAUGUGGCGAUCACAGUCCCACAUACCCAGGAAAUUGCUGGAUACCCCACGGUACUAGACAGUCAACUGUUCUAGAAACCACGAACCAUGCUGGAUCCCCAGGCAGAAAGAAGCCCCGUCUAUGUGAGCCUUCGGUGGGGAAACUGCCUCCAAGGAACGAUAAGCAGGACAAAAAUAAUCUUGCACAAGUUUGUUUUUUUUUAAACAGCUGGAUUUAAAGAUAUGAUUUAAAAAUAAAAGACAUUCUUGGUGUUUAUGACAUCCUGAAUAUUUCACUGGGAUCACAUUGAAAAAAUCAAAAUAAAGGGGCACAAGGGAUCUGGUUGGUCCCAGCACAA